AUGACGUCGAAACCGCCUUCGCUUGUCGAGGUUGACAGCCUCGACAUCCAUGUCCUGAUUAACGACGAAAUCGAUCAAAUCUCGCCGAGCCCAAAUCCUCGGGUUCAGCAUGCACAAUCGUUCGCUGGUGUCCCGUUGAGUCCCGUAUCGGAUCCGAGUGCCCGGGGAGGAGCUCGAUUGGAGAUGCCAAUGAGAAACAUCUGUUGUGGCGCUCAUGGCCUUUCCUUGUUCAUCACAGCGAAGAAGGACGACAAGCCUCACACGUUACUCUUUGAUGCUGGGCCCGAGGAAGAUGUAUUUGAGAAGAACGUCCAGAGACUCAGACUCCCAAUGGCUGACAUAGGUGCUAUUGUCCUUUCGCAUUGGCAUAGAGAUCACUCUGGUGGGCUUCUCUCAGCGAUUCGGCUCGCCAGCAGCGGGAGGUCAGAUGGCGACCAGGUCAUUGUUGCGCUUCCUCCAGAUAAGCCAGCGUUCAGAGGAAUCAUGUUCGAUCAACCUAUUUCACUAGAGGCAGACCCUACCAUGGAAGAGAUCAAUGAUGCGGGUGGGACGACAGUCGUGUUGAAUGAGGCGCGUACUGUUCUAGAUGAUGGAUUUCUCAUAUCUGGAGAGAUUCCGCGACAGACAGAUUAUGAGGAUGGCAUCCCAGGUGGUGUGCGGUAUGAUACUGCGACAGGAGAAUGGCUCAAAGAUGAGUUGAUCAUGGAAGAGCGAUUCGUCAUGUGCAAGCUCAAAGGCAAAGGCCUAGUCAUCUUCACAGGCUGCAGUCACGCUGGUCUCAUAAACAUUGCCAGACACGCGAAAGUCAUCGACAACAGCCCCAUCUACGCUAUCGUUGGCGGCUACCACCUCGCAGAUGCGUCACCUGAAAAGAUGCAGCAGAGCAUGAAGGACCUCAAGGAUCUUGAACCGGCCUUGCUGAUGCCAGGGCAUUGUACUGGAUGGAGGUUCAAGGGCCUUGUUGAGAAGGAAAUGCCGGGUCAGAUGGCUCCCAUAUUUGGUGGAACAAAGUAUACACUGUAA